UUACAAACGGAUUUCCUCCCGGAGGUAUGAGGCUGUGCUGUGCACACACGCAGUUAAUAUUAUAUAUACACUUAUAACAAAACACAAAAUUAACUCAAUUUCAAAAACGGCUCUAGAGAUGAAGAGGUACGUGCUGGUUUGUUGUAUACUGAAGGCCUUCUCAGUGUUAUGCCAGGACCCAACAUCAGAUAAUGUCACGCUUCCUUCUUCAUCGUUGUUUACAUCACAGGAACUACCUCAAACGCCAGAAUCAAUCACGCAACCCAUAUCAACAACAACGCCAUCUUCAACGACACUUUCGCCGUCAAUGACAGAUUUGCCAAAUACGUCAAUGGGAUCAACACCGGAAGUUACACUUGACACGCAGGUCCAGUGUAAUUACACAUUCAAGUCCAGUCCAGAUAACCAAACUUCUAAAGAAACCGUUUGUGUGUGUCCUGACGCAUUCAUCUCAACGAGGAAUCUCACGUGUGUAAAAGAGACUGAUUUGGCACCAACGAAUAUAACAUUAGCAGCAACUAAGACCCAACUCAAUGUGACAUGGGCCUACAAAUAUUUGUCUCCGGGCAAAAUUCACUCCAACUUAAUAACAAAUAUCUCUGGAAACACAUCCAUGGACGAUACUAACCUGACCUUUCUCUCUCGAAGUUCAUCAGUUCCUGGACAGAGAAUCAGUAUAACAAUCACUCCGGUUCUCAAUGGUGAACCGAUUACGUUGUCUGCUGCAAGUGUAUUUACAGCAUUUAAACCAGCGAUGCCAGGUACUUUAAUAAUCCCUGUCGGAGGAUAUAACACACCAAAUGCAACUAUCCUAUGGAACAAAUCUGAUGGACAUGUUGACGAAUACCAGAUUCAUAUGACACCUCUUUGUCCAACCGGAGUCUCUACUGAAAAAUUCCUGUCCAACAUAGCAAACGUGUCGGUGACCGGGCUGAAGCAUGGACGCAAGUACCGGUUGAGCAUUACGGCAGUGAGUGGUAACGUAACAAGCGAUACCAGAAACAUCACUAGUAUCACCACAAACGACAUCGUUCCAGAUCCCCCUAAAAACGUGACCAUACUACCAUCAAUACAAACCACAAGCGUCCGUCUCGCCAUUGAACCAGACAGCGAUGUGGAAUGUUCGACCAUAUAUUAUGAAGCUACAGUUUUGUUCAGAAUCUACGAUGACGAAGAGUUUGAAGUAUACCUCAAAAGAAACAUUUCCGUUAAACAGACAAACCUGACCAUCGAUAACCUUGUUCCAGGCGCAAUGUACAUCUUGAAGAUAUUUACUAAAAAUCGUGACUUCACUAGUGAGGACAACUUCACUACCAUGUUCAGAACAGCAGAAUCGGCUCCUGGAAAUAUUCAAAAUAUUCGGACUGUAAACAAAAAUGAAUCAUCUGUACACGUGCGAUUUGACCGGCCUUCUAAACCGAAUGGUGAAAUAACUGGCUACGUCCUAAGAAUAUCCUCUACCUCACAACGAAGUCAAGCGAUAGUCAUGAACCUCACUGCCGACUUUGAUUGCAGCAGAGUGCAGUCAUUACAAAUCCAGGGACACAAUGGAACGUACGAGGACCGUUCGUGUACCACUGUAUACUAUGAUGCUUCUUUGGAGUUUGUUGUUCGGGGUUUACUACCGUUUACGGAGUACAUGCUGACAGUGCGGGCACAUAACAAUGUAGGCGCCGGUCCACAGAGGUCUGAAAACGUUACAACCAACAUAGGAGAACCCCAUACCCCGGACAAAGUCAACAUAAGUAACAUCGGGUCUAAUGAAGUGACCGUUUCCUGGGCAUACGGCCGCCGAACCGGACCUACAAAUUUCAGCUUGUACAUAACAGAUGAGAUAUUAUCUAGAUCGGAGAUCCAAACAUGCUCAGAAGCUCAGCUACUGCCAAGUACCAGUUGUAAAGCCUCUCAGUUAAAGGCAUACUGGAAAUACAGCUUUGUUGUUAUUGCCAAAACGGCAGUUUCUUCUGCAUGGUCGAGUUCCAGUGAGACGAUAACUACCUCGCCUUCCCGUCCUGGGAGUGUACGAAACCUUGCUGUGGAGAAACAGAGUGGAGAUGACUGUACAGAGGAUGUGUAUGGUGUAAAAUGGACAGAACCACAGAGAAAAGAACGUCAUGGACUGAUAUCAAAAUAUGUCAUCAAAUCAUCACUUCCCAAUCACCAUCACAUGAGCAAGCCUACUUCAACGACAAUUUCGAAUGUAUACGAAGAUACGGAAACACAGUACACUGUCUUAUUUGCCAAAGCAGGGAGCACGAGGAAGAUUUUCACCGUGUCUGUGAUGUCCAUCAUAGCGGACCACAAACUUAAGUCAGACAAAAGAACUGUCACAAUACAAAUACCAAUGUGUUCACCCGGAAUGUCUGGCGCUGUGACAGCUGGUGUAAUUAUACUGGUGCUGACAUGUAUCAUAGUUAUUACAACCCUGCUUGGAUUGCUGUACAAAUGGAAUAUGUAUCCCUGUCUAGGUCAAUCACGUACUAUUUCACCUAGGAGAGUAACAUCAGGUGCCAGCCGUCACAUUAGAAAAAAAAGACCGUUUAUUUUGCGAAACGUUAAACAGCUGGUUGACCGAAUGAAGAACGACAGUGGCCGAUUGCUUCUGCUGGAAUGGAGCGACCUGAACUUACUGACUGAGAGAUAUCCAACUGACAUAGCCACACUUCCGAUAAAUACCCCCAAAAAUCGCUACAACAACAUACUUCCAUACGAUCGGUCUAGAGUUAAAUUAUGCGGCGGUGGAAAUGAUUAUAUCAAUGCAAAUUACAUUCCCGGAUUCAAGUUUGAAAGAGAGUAUAUAGCUUGCCAGGGUCCCCUUCCAGGCACCAUCGAAGACUUUUGGCAAAUGGUCUGGGAACAAGAUGUCCCUUUAAUCGUGAUGCUAACCAGAUGCAAGGAAGGCAAUACUGUUAAAUGUGAACAGUACUGGCCAGAGAAUCUACACGAGUCUGAGACCUAUGGAGCAGUAGAGGUAACACGAACAGCCGUAGAGCCGAAUGACGAGUAUGUCUACUCUGAGUUCACAAUCGCGUCGGCUGACCAUGAGAAAACUAUCAAACAUUUCCACUUUCUUGAAUGGCCUGAUUUUGGUGCGGAAGUGGAUUGCAACGUAUUCCUUGAUUUUUUGUUUAAGGUUAAAGGUGAAAUUCACGAUGAUUUGAUAGGGCCCAUUGUGGUUCACUGCAGUGCUGGAGUUGGUAGGACAGGUACCUACCUUGCCAUUGAGUAUCUCACAGAAUUCGUCAGGACCCACAACCUUUCAAACGAGUUCGAUAUAUUUCAAUAUGUGCUGAAACUUAGACAGCAUCGAAAUUGCAUGGUGCAAGCGAAGGAACAAUAUCUCUUCAUCCACGAGUGUCUUCGUGAGUUGGUGAAUCGCCAAACGACGGUAGAAAACCUUAGCAAUGACGGACUCCAGAUGCCGAGCGAAGAGGAAUAUAGUGAACAACUGUUUGGUGCGUCUAACGGGUCGAUUGAGAUGUGUAACCCAGAGGACAAGCUGAUGAUAGAAGAAGACAAUGAUUCCGACAACUGCCACGCCGUGGGACACGAAAACCCUAGCAUGACAACAGAACUGUAAUUGCAUUUUGAGGAACCUUUCAUGCAAUUAGAAACAGUCUAUGGCUUACGAAUCUCUUUUUUUUUGCAAAAUGUUUGUGAAUUAUAUUCAUGUUUUCCUGUAUCGGAUGACAUAGUGCAAUAUUAAGAGAGCAUUACUCAUGAAGUAAAGUUCUGUAUAUAUUGGUUAUUUAAUGUAAGUAGUACAAGAACACCGAGGCCGGUAAUGGUUCGCACUGGCUUGAUAUUUGCAAUUCAGACAUAAAUAACUUUAUCGAUUGCUCGCGAGUAGUUCUAAUAGUAAUAUAGUCAAAUUCAAGGUAACUCAAACAAUAGACAUUUCGCAAACUACAGAAGCAUAAUAUCUAGCUUAUAAUGUUAUAUUUUUUAUUCAAAUGUUAUUAUAUAUCACAUUUUAUAAUGAAAUAUAUCCAAACUGUAUUGUUCUUGCUAUGAUGUUUAGACA